AAAUUGAAAUUUCUCACUCCUCUUUUUGUUUCUCUCUCCUCAUUUCGGAGUAGAUCACUGCUCAGCUCAGCUCAGUCGUCGCUUUUCCAAGUAAGUGUGCCUUUUCUCAUGUGAAACGAAACGAAUCUUCAAUUUUCGAGAGGCGGAAACGCGCGUGCUGCAAUCGAUUGUAAACCCUGUGGAUCGGUGGAGAAAUGGGGAGAGGGAAGAUAGUGAUAAGGAGGAUCGACGAUAUGACGAGCAGGCAGGUGACGUUUUCGAAGCGGAGGAAUGGAUUGCUGAAGAAGGCGAAGGAGCUCGCGAUUUUGUGCGAUGCGGAGGUCGCGCUCAUCAUCUUCUCCAGCACCGGUAAAUUGUACGAUUUCGGAAGCACAGCCAGUAUGAAGUCGGUGAUUGAAAGGUACAACAAAGCAAAAGAGGAACCUCACCGGUUGGUGAAUUCAAUUUCUGAAGUCAAGUAUUGGCAAAGUGAAGUUAAUAUGCUGAGGCAACAAUUACAGAAAUUGCAAGAAAACCACCGGUUGUUACUUGGCGAGGGGCUUAAUGAUUUAAAUGUCAAGGACCUACAGAACUUAGAAAACCAGCUGGAGAUGAGUCUACGGGCUGUCCGAAUGAGGAAGGACCAUAUCUUAAUAGAUCAGAUUGAAGAGCUUAAUCAGAAGGCGAACCUGGUCCACCAAGAAAAUUCAGACUUGCAGAAGAAGGUAACAGUAAUUCGCCAAGAAAACAUGGAUUUGAAUAAGAAGGUGUAUGGAACAAGAGAUGCAACUGGAGCAGACACUAAUUCAUUCAUGACUGAAGGAUUAUGCAUCAGAGACGACCCAGAUGCAAGUAUAUGCCUCCAGCUUUGCCAGCCACAACAAACAAUUCAAGAGGCUACAAAGUCAGAGAGAAUCUCAAGACCAAAGUUCGAGUUUAUAUGCCAAGGUUCAUAUAUGCAGAUUUCAACAUGAAGACCUAAUUGAGCCAACACCUACUAGGCUUCAGCAUAUCAUUUUAUCUAAUAUCAUGUAUCAGUAAUGCACAUUUGACCGUUCAAGGAUAGUUUUCAUUA